GAGCUGAGCUGAGCUGAGCCAAGCCAAACCAAACAGAGCCAAGGAAAGCAGUUUGAACUGGGCAUCUCGGCAGUAUGCGCCCCGGACUACUGCUGGCUACAGUCGGGAUCCUUGUUCAAGUACCAGUAAGAGCUGUCAAUGAAUCCCCUGGGAAAAAGAUAUUUGAUGUAAUUUAUCCACGGAAACGUCAUGUCCUACAUAAGAGAGAUGUAAAGGAAGACCAGGGGAUCAAAAAGCAGGAGAAGUAUGAAGAUCAGGUGCAGUAUGAAAUUGAUUUAAAAGGAAAGACUGUGGUCCUUCACUUGGAAAAAAACAAGGAUCUUCUGUCCCCAGAUUAUGUGGAAGUUCAAUAUUUAUCCACAGGCGAAUCAGUCACUUCGAGCCCUCAGAUCAUGGAAAACUGCUAUUACCAAGGACACAUCCUGAAUGAGGAGAUGUCUACAGCCAGCAUUAGCACCUGUCGGGGUCUAAAGGGAUUCUUUGAACAUAAAGAACAAAGGUACGUGAUUGAACCAUUGGGACUGGCAAAGGAUGAAGAGCAGGAGCAUGCUCUGUACAUAUAUGAAAGCCAGGAACAGCACCUUCCUGAGACAUCCUGUGGAGUGGACAUGAUAGAAGAGGGAGAGACACUCCUGGAGAAGACUCUGAGGUCAGGCAACAACGCUGUGAAACAAGAAGACGUGAAUCAAAAGAAAUAUAUCGAGUAUUAUUUGGUCCUGGAUAAUGAAGUGUUUCAAAAGUACAAUCAAAAUCCAGAGCAAAUAAGACAGAGGGUUUUUGAUAUGGUCAACUUCAUCAACAUGUUGUACAAAAAGCUCAAUAUCCAAGUGGCCUUAGUGGGAGUGGAGAUAUGGACAAAUGGAAAUAAGAUAAAAGUAAGCCCCAAUGCAAAUGUGACUUUGGAGAAUUUCUCAAACUGGCGAGGGGGUAUUCUCCCCAAAAUGAAACGCCAUGAUGUUGCCCAAUUAAUCACGGGGAUAGAUCUCACUGGACACACUGUGGGCUUGGCAUUCAUGUCAACAAUGUGCUCUCCUUACCACUCCGUUGGCAUUGUACAGGACCACAGUUACGAGCUCCUCAGGGUUGCAGGAACAAUGGCCCAUGAAAUGGGCCAUAAUUUUGGAAUGUACCAUGACACCUAUGUGUGCAAGUGCCCUUCUUCAAUAUGUGUGAUGGAUUGGGCGCUCAGCUUUUAUAUACCCAAGGACUUCAGUUCCUGUAGUCGCAGCAGCUUAGAGAAAUUCCUGAGAAUAGCAUCACCAAGCUGCCUGAAGAAUGUCCCUUUACCUAGUGAUAUAAUAUCUACCCCAAUCUGUGGGAACCUGCUAGUAGAAUCAGGAGAAGAAUGUGAUUGUGGGUCCCCAGAGGAAUGUUCCAAUGUUUGCUGCGAUGCCACAAUAUGUAAAAUCAAACCAAAUUUUAAGUGUGCAUUUGGAGAAUGCUGUGAAAACUGCCAGAUCAAAAAAGCUGGGACCCUGUGUAGGCCAACAAAAGAUGACUGUGACCUGCCAGAAAUGUGUGACGGCAAGUCUGGGAGCUGUCCCGAGGACCGAUUCCGAGUCAACGGAUUUCCCUGCCAAAAUGGGCAAGGUUACUGCCUGAUGGGAAAGUGCCCAACCCUUCAAGACCAGUGUGUCAGUCUUUGGGGGAAAGGGGCUCAAGUUGCUGAAAAGUCAUGUUUCGACAUAAACACUGCUGGUUCAAUUUAUGGUUAUUGCCGAAAGGUGGAAGACACGUACAUCUCCUGUAAAGCGGGGAGUUCUACAUGUGGCAAGUUAUACUGUUAUGGAGGAUCAGAUGUUUUGCCCUGGAAGGGAAAGAUCAUGUCUUUUUUGAACUGCAAAACGUUCUCAUCAGAACACAAUAACCAAGAGGUUUCCAUGGUGGCUAAUGGAACCAAAUGUGGAAACACGAGUGUAUGCAUCAAUGGAGAUUGUAUAGACGUUGAGAAUGCCUACAAGACAUCAAAUUGUUCUUCAAAGUGCAAAGGACAUGCAGUCUGUGACCAUGAGCUUCAGUGUCAGUGUGAAGAAGGAUGGUUACCUCCCGACUGUGACAAUUCCACCCUCGUUUUCCAUUUUUCCAUUGUGAUGGGUAUGCUGGUUGCACUCUCCAUAAUAGUGAUCAUUGCUGUGAUUAUCAUCCGACAUCAGAGCACCGCUAAGAGGAAAAAAAAUAUGAGCCAGUCGUGCCCCACUUCAGGCUCCAAACCAAGGCAAUGGAAACCAAUGAAGAGACAACAGGAAGUGCAAAGUACUCAUUCUCAUGAGAUGGGUCCCAUGAGUCCACCUGUGUCUACAUAUCCGAUGGAAAGUAAUAAACCACCACUUUGUUCUCUGAUUACAAAGUCAACCCGUCCACUGCCUCUUAUUCCUACAACUAGGUCCUCAUUUGUACACACAGGCAUACAUCCCCAAGCCUGAAGCAUCUGCACGAGGAUGGGUGAACAAUCCAGAAAUCCAGAAGAUGGGACAGGAAUCUGGACAGAAGAAAAGACUUCCAUUCAUUUUUCUGGAUCAAGGUUCUGGUGGAUCUUAGUAGAUUAAACAUUCAAUCUUCAAGAGAAAUAUGUACUCAUAGAACAAUGGUGGGACUUCUUCUCAAAAAGGUGUCAUUAUGGGGCAAAAUAGAAGAGCCCAGAAUAGAGUGGAGUGCUGAUUUAAGGGACGGGCUAGCUCCCUGGUUCACCAGAGACAGGAAGAGGGGAUAAUGUUAAAAGCUUGAAUGCAGAGUUAGGAAUGGAGUGUGAACCUGUGAUUUCGUUGGUAUAGGGACUUCCUUGGUGAGUAAACUCCCCCCACUAAUGCAGAUUAGCAUCUUAUCUGUAACUCAAAAUCUUGAAGAGUUUCCUAGAACACUGAGAUUAUGUGACUUACCCAGGGUCACACAUCCAGGAUGU